AUGUCUUUCAUCGCCCGCCUCACAACGACUGCCCGCACUGCCGCCCCGUCGGCCAGACUUACCACAAACACAAUCACACCAUCUCUCGCAGUUUCAGGGCAGAGACUCGUCUCGUCGACGACCCCGCGCGACAGCGGUCCCGUCGAUGCCACAAAAGAGACCCUCAAGAAGGCCGAUAGGAAGGUUUCGGAUGCUGCUGUGAAGGGUAUCGAGACUGGUGAGGCCGCCGCGAAGAAGGUUAAGGAUUCUGUUGGAUCGGGCAGUGCCAAGGGCGAGGCGGAGAGGAAGGCUGGCGAGUUGAAGGGUGAGGCUGCGGAGUUGGCUGGAAAAGGGAAGGGUAAGGCUGAGGAGGUCGCUGGUGAGGCGAAGGGGAAGGUUAAGGAGGCUGCAAAAGAAUUCAAGUCAUAA